GAGGGAGCUGGGUUCGCAGCCGGCCUAGCGGAGGUGCGCGGGGAGCGGGCACGCAUUCUGGUCCGUGGAGGCGACAGGCUAUGUGUGCGCCGGCUCGCGGGGUCGCGGAGGCUGCGGUGAUACCAGGCGGGAGAGCCGGCCCCGACUGCUCUCGGGGAGGACGGCGAUCGAAGCCUGGCCGCCGGGAGCAGCAGCCUAUGCUGUGGAGCGCAAAAUUGAACCUUUCUACAAGGGCGGAAAAGCACAGCUGGACCAGACUGGCCAGCACCUCUUCUGCAUCUGUGGCACCAGAGUCAACAUUCUGGAGGUGGCCUCGGGGGUCGUGCUGCGGAGUCUGGAGCAGGAGGACCAGGAGGCCAUCACUGCCUUUGACCUCAGCCCUGACGAUGAGGUGCUGGUGACAGCCAGCCGGGCAUUGCUGCUGGCUCAGUGGGCCUGGCGAGAGGGCAGCGUUACCCGCCUGUGGAAGGCAAUACACACAGCCCCCGUGGCCACCAUGGCCUUCGACCCCACCUCCACGCUGCUAGCCACAGGUGGCUGUGACGGGGCCGUGCGCGUCUGGGACAUCGUGCGGCACUAUGGGACACACCACUUCCGAGCCUCGCCCGGUGUCGUGCACCUAGUGGCCUUCCACCCGGACCCUACACGCCUGCUGCUCUUCUCCUCAGCCGCGGAUGCCGCCAUCCGCGUGUGGUCACUGCAGGACCGGUCGUGCCUGGCUGUGCUGACUGCCCACUACAGCGCUGUCACCUCACUGGCCUUCAGCGCCGACGGCCACACCAUGCUCAGCUCCGGCCGUGACAAGAUCUGUGUCAUCUGGGACCUUCAGAGCUGCCAGGCCACAAAGACCGUGCCUGUGUUUGAGAGCGUGGAGGCCACUGUGCUAUUGCCAGAAGAGCCAGUGUCCCAGCUGGGUGUGAAGUCCUCAGGCCUGUACUUUCUGACAGCUGGUGACCAAGGCACUCUGCGCGUGUGGGAGGCAGCUUCCGGGCAGUGUGUGUACACGCAGGCCCAGCCACCGGGCCCCGGGCGGGAGCUGACUCACUGCACCCUGGCCCGGACCGCCGGCCUGCUUCUCAGCGCCACCGCCGACCACAACCUGUUGCUCUAUGAGGCUCGCUCCCUGCAGCUGCAGAAACAGUUCGCUGGUUACAGUGAGGAGGUCUUGGAUGUCCGGUUUCUUGGCCCCAAGGACUCCCACGUCAUCGUGGCCUCCAAUAGCCCCUGCCUGAAAGUAUUUGAGCUGCAGACGUCAGCCUGCCAGAUCCUCCAUGGCCACACAGAUAUCGUCCUGGCCCUGGAUGUGUUCCGGAAGGGAUGGCUCUUUGCCAGCUGUGCCAAGGAUCAGAGUGUCCGUAUCUGGAGAAUGAACAAGGCUGGCCAGGUGAUCUGUGUGGCUCAGGGUUCUGGUCAUACACACAGCGUGGGCACCGUCUGCUGCUCUAGGCUGAAGGAGUCCUUCCUGGUGACAGGCAGCCAGGACUGCACUGUGAAGCUGUGGCCUCUUCCCAAAGCCCUGCUGUCCAAGAACACAGCCCCAGACAACGGCCCCAUCCUUCUGCAGGCCCAGACCACUCAGCGCUGCCAUGAUAAGGACAUCAACAGCGUGGCUAUUGCCCCCAACGACAAGCUGCUGGCCACAGGCUCACAGGACCGCACGGCCAAGCUCUGGGCCCUGCCGCAGUGCCAGCUGCUGGGUGUCUUCUCAGGUCACCGGCGUGGCCUCUGGUGCGUCCAGUUCUCUCCCAUGGACCAGGUGCUGGCCACAGCCUCAGCUGAUGGCACCAUCAAGCUCUGGGCGCUCCAGGACUUCAGCUGUCUCAAGACAUUCGAGGGGCACGAUGCUUCUGUGCUGAAAGUGGCCUUUGUGAGCCGUGGCACGCAGCUGCUGUCCAGUGGCUCAGAUGGGCUCGUGAAGCUCUGGACCAUCAAGAACAACGAGUGUGUGCGGACGCUGGAUGCUCACGAGGACAAGGUCUGGGGGCUGCACUGCAGCCGGCUGGAUGACCGCGCCCUCACUGGGGCCAGCGACUCCCGAGUCAUCCUCUGGAAGGAUGUGACCGAGGCGGAGCAGGCAGAGGAGCAGGCCAGGCAAGAGGAGCAGGUGGUCAGGCAGCAAGAGCUAGACAACCUGCUGCAUGAGAAGCGGUACCUGCGGGCACUGGGCCUGGCCAUCUCCCUGGAUCGGCCCCACACCGUGCUGACUGUCAUCCAGGCCAUCCGGAGAGACCCUGAGGCCUGCGAGAAGCUGGAAGCCACCAUGCUCCGACUGCGGCGUGACCAGAAAGAGGCCCUGCUGCGCUUCUGCGUCACGUGGAACACCAAUUCGCGGCACUGCCACGAAGCCCAGGCUGUGCUGGGUGUGCUCCUGCGGCGCGAGGCCCCCGAGGAGCUGCUGGCCUACGAAGGCGUGCGGGCAGCGCUUGAGGCUCUGCUGCCCUACACUGAGCGGCACUUUCAGCGGCUCAGCAGGACACUCCAGGCCGCCGCUUUCUUGGACUUCCUGUGGCACAACAUGAAGCUGCCUGUGCUGGCGGCCACCCCCACACCCUGGGAAACCCAUAAAGAAGCGCUCCCCUAGCCGGUCCAGUCUCUCUCCAGUCCAUCCUGAACCCCUGGAAAACCCAUAAAGGCCGCUCUCCUAACCGGCCCUGUCUCUCUGGACUCCAGUCCAGCACCUACCCUGGCCAACACCCUACGUAGCCAGCCAGAAGGGCACUGGAGCUGAUGGUCUCGGCCUUCCCAAGCCCAUCCCGCACCCUGGCCUGGCAGAGAUCCAGCCCGCGGCUCCGCACGCUUAGACGGUGGGGGUCAUUCAGAACAAGCUUUACUCAGAGGAACA